CAGCGAGGCAGCCACACCCCAUACUCGCACUCCUUCCCUUCCCUCCCCUACCACGAGUCGUCAUACCCACAGAUGACGGCCCCAGUAACGACGACACCAGUCGCCUCAUCAUCACCCGUCAACGUCAAGCUCCUCCUGAUUGGCAAUGCAUCUGUGGGCAAGAGUAGUCUUCUGUUGCGAUUCUCAGACGAGCAGUGGAUACCCGAGGACGAGGCGACUGCAACUAUCGGAGUGGAUUUCAGGGUCCACAAGAUGGAAGUGAAUGGCCGAAAGGUCAAACUCAGUAUAUGGGACACAGCAGGACAAGAACGUUUUCGGACGAUUACGUCGUCCUAUUAUAGGGGUGCUCAGGGCAUCAUAGUUGUAUACGACGUCGCGAAUAGAGAAACGUAUGAUGCGUUGCCCAAAUGGUUCACGGAGAUCGAUACGUAUGUCUCGUCAUUGGUGCCGAAGAUCAUCGUUGGCAAUAAACUAGACAAGGAACACUCCCGCCAGGUAUCUACCUCUGAAGGGCAGGCGUUCGCUACUCGGAAAGAAUGUCUCUUCCUAGAAGCAAGCGCCAAAACUUCUGUUGGUGUACGCGAGGUUUUCGAGGAUCUUGUGAAACGGAUACUCGAGACACCAGAGUUGUGGGCACCUGUGACACCUGAGUCUGGGGGUGGGAAACGUAGAGAUGGGGAAGAUGGGAUGCCGGGGACGAUCGAUUUGAAUGGGCGGUCGGCACAAGAAGAUGAUGGGGGGGUUGGGUGUGCCUGUUAGUUGCAGUUGAAGAAGAGCAUUCUGAGAGAAUGAGAUGGGGCUACUAAUAUUGGAGGCAAUUUUAGAAUACCCCGUCGACCCUCACAAGUUACUUCUGGAUUUGAAUGCAUGAGCUAGGUAAUUUUGCAUGGAAUAUAC